AUACUCUCUUUCUCUGAGUCUGGCUGAUCAUUCCACGACUUUGAUUCCACUCUUUAGCCAUUGACGCAAUCUUUCUCCGCUGCAAACUGAGUAUAAAAUCUUGUAUGCCAUUGCCCAUUGGAGUAACUGAGGAGUGACCGGACAACAAUAAAGCUCAGCAAUCUUGUAAGGAAAGAAAGCGUGGAGCUGAAAUAAUUCACUCAGCAAUGCGGAGGAGCCAUUGAACAGUUGGAAAAAGCCCGGCUUUAGCUGUUUUUGGUUUCAUUGCUUGUUGCUUUGUCUGGUUCAAUAAUACCGCUUAUCCUAGUGAGGCGUGGCAAAACUUGAUCCAACAUGCCAAUUCAACUUAAACCUAGCAUGAAAUUAGCGAGUUUGAUUUAGAUUUUGAUAUAUUUGUGUUGCAAUUGACUUUUUUUUUUUUUUUUUCCUCCGUGUUACAAAUUAUAUGAGUUAUUGGUUACAGAACCCAGCCUGAUCUAUUAGUCAAAAAACUGGUUACACAUGUCAUGUCAUGUUUUUUUUAUGUAAUAGGCAAGCCAUAUUUGCGACACAAGUGAUAAAUGGGCGGUGUUAGAAUUGACACAUGCACUUGAAUAUCCCUGUCUUAACACACGGGAGCCAACUUACACUUGAAUAUCCCUGUCUAAACACAAGGCAGCCAAAUCACGAGUCAGGAUCCUCUGCAGUGUACUGCACUGUGCUAUAGGUGCGCUCAAUACAAUUAAAUCUAUUUUCGACACAUUAAAUCUGGCUAGAUUUAAUUGUGCUGAAAAAUUCUUACAGCAGCACCAACCCACUCCUGUACAGAAACAAUCCCAAGGGGGGAAUGAGCGUAAGAAAAAUGGAAGAGCCAAAUAAUAAUCACAUGAAGAAACCAACAGGUACAAGAUGGCAAUCAUUGACGGCUGUAAGUCGGAUGGUGUGCGCUACCCUUCAGGCAUUUCCAUGGAGAACUCAGGAGCUCUACAAGAAACACUAUGUGCAGAGGUCAAGUCCUUCUUUGACUCAGCUCCUCCUCUUAGAGACGGUCUUGAUAUCAGUAGAAAAUUAAAUGACUUCAUUGGAAGGAAUUCUAUAUCAUCAGAAAAUGGAAGAGGUAGAAGGAUUGUAUGCGUGACAUCCGGUGGGACAACAGUUCCUUUGGAGCAACGAUGCGUCCGUUACAUAGAUAACUUUAGCUCGGGUCAUAGAGGAGCAGCAUCCACGGAGUAUUUUCUGGAUGCUGGAUAUUCUGUUAUCUUUCUGUAUCGAAGGGGAACCUGCCAGCCAAAUUGUAGAUCUCUUCCGGAUAAUCCAUUGCUUGAAUGUUUUGAGUCCACUGAUGAGUCGUCGAACAUUAAAGUGCGCCAGUCAUAUUCUGAAGCAGUGAGGAGGGCCAUUAGUGAACAUCAUACUGCUGUUGCAAGAGGCAUCUUGUUGAAAAUUCCCUUUACAACUAUAUUCGAGUAUCUUCAGAUUUUACAGUUGAUUGCAAUAUCAUUGAGUCAUCUUGGGCCAUUUGCAAUGUUUUAUCUUGCGGCUGCUGUGUCUGACUUUUAUGUUCCAUGGGAAAGCAUGGCAGAACAUAAAAUUCAGUCGGGAUCUGGUCCUUUGGAUAUGCGACUUGUCCAAGUUCCAAAGAUGCUUUCAGUGCUGAGAAAAGAGUGGGCUCCUACAGCCUUCUGCGUUUCAUUCAAGUUAGAAACAGAUCCAAUGAUUCUUUUAGAGAAGGCUGAUAUGGCCCUUAAAAAGUAUGGGAUGGAUGCAGUAGUAGCAAAUGAACUUUCAACCCGCAUGGAGGUGGUGGUGGUUGUCAGUAGUAGUGGAAAGAUUUCAAUUCAACGAGAGGCCGGUGCUGACGUGGAGAGUCCAUUGAUCAAACUCCUUGUGGAGAGCCAUUCUGCUCGUAUUGAUGCUUCGAAUAUUUGAUCUUCUCAGCAUGUAGAACCAGACUGGCGAUACAUUCAACUCAAAAUUUUCAAAUACUGUUUUACUUUCUCAGUUAUGAGUCAUUGCUUGAGUGCAAUGGUAGAUUUGGGUUAGAGUCCAUGAGCAGCCGUUUUGUGCAAGAAUAAUAUCAAGGCAAACUCUGGUAUACACAUUUAUUUUAUUUUUUAUCUGAAGAAAUAUUGUAUUUUUACCAUCCAUGCUGAACACCUUAUUUUAUUUUAUUUUUCUCACUUUGCUA